CAGCCUCCCACUCGGGAGCCAUUUCCCCAGCCAGCUCUCCAAGGGCGCAAAGCAGCUUCCCCUGGGGAGAAGACAAACAAGCCCUCUCUUUACCUUCUGCCCCGGAGAAAACUUCCAGGCAGCCGACUGGGAACCAGCCAAGGAAAUGGAGCACAAAAUGGAUACGGCCAUGGAGAAAGGAGAGAUGUUACCGUGUGGCGAACCCGCUGCCCUCACCAAGGGAGAACAGGCCCAGCUUUUCUCUCAAGACGACAUCAGCAUCCUGCCAAACCCGGGGGCUAUUUUGCGUUCAAGGCAGAAAAAUCGGCAACAUGAUCAAGCGCGACCCUGGAACUCCUUGCCGGCCACCCCGGUCGGGGAGUUGGAGACGGACAGAACAGUCUUCUUCUCUUCCUUGACGUCACUCCAGGCGGAAGAGUUCUUCGACAUGGUGGCCAAGGCCCAGGCCCGAAGGCUCAAUGACCAGCGGGCGGAUUUUGCAGGUGCUGAAGAGCCAUGUGCUGGGAACGUCAAAGUUGCCAAAGAGCAGCUCUAUGACACUAUCUUGGAGCAUCAGAGCCACCGCCUGGAGGACCAGCGCACGGAGCCACCCAUCCCAGUAGGAAUUCAGGGACUGCUGGAUUUGCUGCUGAGAGCCCAAGGGACCCGGAUGGAGGACCAGCGCUCGACUCUUCCCCCAAGCCUUGCCGCAUCCUCCUUGCAAAGAAGGCAGCCCUCCUUCCUCCACGGCAUGUGAAUCCACUGCCUUUCAGCUGUUGGGUUGCAAUGGACACUUGCUGGAAACAUUAGAAAUUGUGUUGCCUUUCAAUUAACAGUAGUUGGGACUGAGAAAUCGAGCUCACGCAGCGAAGGUGCCACGUUUUGCGGUAACAAAGACUGCGCAAUACAAUGGCAGGAUAUCUCCAAGCACUGCAUUGCAACCUGAUAAUCGCUUCUGUCUGGCUAAGAUUUCCUUCUGUCCUAAGAAUAACAAGGAGUUGCCUUCCACUCAGCUACUGGAGAUAGCCGUAGUAUAUAGUAUCUCUUGUAAGAACCACAGAUAUCACAAAGUAGUAAGCAAGUUUUGGGGCGUUCGACGAACUCUUCCUCAGGCCAAACUAAGGGGAAAAAGAGAAGGACUUCAACAAAGAUACCCUUUCUCAAUAUGUGACUGGCUUUCAGAUGGUGAAAGCGGUUAGUAUUGCGGACUGAUGAAGUUGAUGUGUGCCUGGGAUUCAUUAUACCUGCCAGAAAAGCAGUUCUGUUCGCACAUAAUGCAGGGUCUUCAUUCAGGGAUGUGCAAUGUUUGCCCUUCCAGAUUUUGCCUUGUUGCAACUCCCAUAAUCUCUAGCCAGGAUAGCGAUGCUGAGGGAUGGUGGGUUUUGAAGUCCAACUGUAUCUGGAAGGUCACGUGUUGUCUACCUCUGUUCUAAAGAUAGGCCUUGGAAAUGUAGCCGGAAAAUUUCAAAAACAUGAACUCCAGUUUACCCAAAUUUGCCUGUAAAAGAAUGGUUUAAUUUGCUUCUAUUAAAAAAAAUAUGGAUAUUG